AUGGGUUUGCCUCAGCAAGCGCCCAGCCUCCAGCCUGAGCUGGGCCAAGUAGAAGGCAAGAAACAAAAGAAGGUUGCAUUUGCUGCUAUAGAGCUACGACAAGAGACGACCAUUCGCCCCGAGGCAAUUCGAGUGCAGACUUGGCCCAGGGUUGUGGCAGACAAGUCCAGGGAGGUCGAGCUUGAAGUGGAGCCGAACAUCCAUAGGCCCAAAGGACAGGUGGUGCAGCAAGGCGGGGUGGUAACAUAUGUGGCGGAAAUGUUCUUCUACAUGCGCAACUUCAACUUCUUUCCGCUUCACCACUAUUGA